UCCUCCUGUUUUUAUUUCCAGGCAGCAAUUCACAAACUACACCAAACUAUUUGAAAAUUAUGCUCCUCUUCCUCCAACCAUCAUGCACACAGUGUUUUCAAGCACCAAAUCUCUUAAAACCCUCACAAAAAUCCCUUUUUUUGAGGCCAAGAUCAGCAGCACUUCAUCCUCAAGCAAAGAGAGUGGGAAAUAGAAGGGUUGUGGUGAGAUGUUGCAAGGGAGAAGAAGAAAAAAAGGCCAAAAGGAGAAGUUUUCUCAGCCUUGAAGAAGCUGGAUUGGUGGAGAUUUCAGGGCUUAGCACUCAUGAGCGGUUCCUCUGCCGAUUGACUAUAUCAUCAUUGAACCUCCUUAGAGUGAUAUCGGAGCAAGAAGGGGUUUCAAUCGAGGAGCUCAAUGCUGGUCGGGUUUGUGAUUGGUUCUUGAAAGACAAGCUCAAGAGGGAGCAGGACAUUGGUAGUGCAGUGCUUCAAUGGGAUGAUUCUGAAUUUCAAAUAUGAUGGCCGGAGAAAGCUUAUAACUAGGUAAAGAUUUUAUUAGCAAAAAGAGAGCUUUCUAAUCAUGAGUUAUUUUUCAAUAUGUUCGACUUACUUUUUGUUAUAAUGCUGAUUUGAUGAGAAUUUCAUCUUUGUUCUUCUAUUGCAAUUUAUGAAUUUACUA